GUGACCAGGUCACCGGACGGCAGCGGGGCUUUGGGCUGAAGGGACGGCGAAGGGAAGGAGCAGGUCGAGGGCUUCGGGUAGUUACCCCGGCGGCGGGGAUGGAGCGGGCGGCCGGAGUUGGGGAUGGAGACGUCAGGAUCACCGUCGACCUGCUCAAAUCAAUCACUGGGGAGUUCGACCUGGAGUCGAUUUUGUCCUUAAAGCUGACGAAAAUGGGCAUCUGCAGUCUUGGAUGCAUUGGAGACUGUGUAAACCUGGAGAGGCUGGACUUGUCGAGAAACGACAUCUCAAACCUUAAGCCCUUGGCAUCACUCAAACUUCUAACUGUGCUCAACUUGUCUGCUAAUAGAAUCUCCAAUCUCGAUCCUCUGCAAUCCUGUGAAAAUCUGCAGAGCAUCAAUUUGGCAGGAAACCUAAUCAGCAGUGUUGAUGCACUUCGUUCAUUAACUGAGCUGAAGAAACUGGAUACGAUUCGAUUGAAAGAUACAGUUUGCAGCUUUAGUAAUCCAGUGUGUAUGAAUACAUCAUAUCUGAGCACAAUGUUGGACAUGUUCCCAAACAUGAAGGUAUUAGAUGGAGAGAGGGUGUCGGGUAGGGGCAGUGAUUUGUACCGACUCUGUAAAGACAUUGACGCUUCUUUGAAAGAAAUUGACAGCAGUGCUCCUGUUCGUGGACCACUUGGUCCUAAAAAAUGGGUUGAGGAUAGUUACUGGGAACUUCAGCCAAUGCAGCAAACUCAAACUGAUGAAGCUAUGGAACAGUUUUAUGAACUAUUGAAUGAAUGCAGAAAGCUCAACAGCAAGGCUGCUGAUGUCAUUACAAAAACCAAAAGGACACUAAGGGCUAUGAACUAAGUCAAACACCUCUGACAAUAGUCGCAGUUACCUCCAGAAACUUGAGCAAUACUGAAACAGAAGCCACUGAUUAAUACUGACACCUCAGCUAAAUCUUUGUUUAUAAUGAACUUGUUACUAAAACCAAAGAAAGGGCCGGAUCCUUCUAUUGCAGGUUGUUUUCUGUAUGCUUCUCUGCAGGUUGAAUAUUUGCCACACAAAGUCGCGAAAAAGCAAAACCUUGUAAACAAUGAAAAUGUUUAAUGUGCUGAAUUGAAUUGGGUUUUACCACCUCACUUCCAGCAGACAUAUUUGCCUGUUGGUCAAUUUUUAUGCCUUCUAAACCCUUGCACUGUUAAAUGUGCCUUUUUGAAAGCACUGACUACUGUAAUACGCUAAACAUCUAUUAGUAAAGUUUGAUAAUUCAACUGAAAUGAACUAUUUAUUCAUACAUAUUGGUGACUAAGUGAACAGUGAUUCAUAGCUGUUGUCUCUGGUGGUGCAUUGAAAAAUAUUGAACCCAUGAUGAGCAAUAUAUUCAUAAUAAGAUGCAAUCCUAAGCCAUUGAAAUACUUCCUGAAGAGUGCUGCAGAAAUCAAAUUCCACUAGCUAUGCAAAAGCAAACCAUGGCAUGCUAGAAAGGUGAAAUCAAGAUACACAUUCUGGAUAUAGUCAGCAGAGUAGUAUUAGUAGAGAGGCAAACAGUUAUCAGCUUGGGCUGAUAACCUUUCAUUAGAACCACUGUUAUUAAUGUUUAAAAAGCAGAUGUAAGGCAGUUAUUUUGGUGGUUCAACUUGUGUCCUAAGUCACAAAGCUCUGAUAGCUUCCAACCAUCAUGUUAUUCCCCAGGGCAAUAUAUAUUGUCUUCUGAGUCUUUUCAACUUUCAAAUUGUGAUCCUUGAUCACUCUCGGUCAAGCCACAAUUUGCUUAACUGCUGAGUGUGGUGAAACUUGCUAAGCUUUUGACAGGGUACCUGAGGAAAAAGGUAAAUGGCACAGCUUGUCUUUUGGUGUUAAUCACACGCCUCUAUCACAUGAUCCAGCCUUUGAAAGCAGCAGAGGUUUGUGUCUUACCAAAUGUUUUGGCAAGCAAUUAGAAAGUCAAGCAAUAUGUUGGUCUUAAGAGCAAGAGAAUUUGAACUCGGCAAUAAAGAUCAUCCAGCAAAGAAACGGCCUGUCAUCCCACUUUGUCCGUGGUGACCAUGAUACCUAUCUCUGCUAAUCAAAUUUGCCAGUGCCUUUCAUAUCCAAGUACCUGUCCAAAUAGCUUUUAAAUGUUGUAAUUAUAUCUGCCUCUACCACCUCCUCUGGCAGUUUGUUCCAGAUAACCACCACCCUCUGUGUGGAAAAACUUACCCCUCAGAUCUCCUUUUAAAUUUCACCCCCCUUACCUUAAA